AACCACUCUCACAUGACAGAGUCUCAGAGAGCGCAGAGCCGCUGCCUCUCCAUCACGCUGCCGUGCCCGUGACGUUCUCUUACCCUCAUUUCCAGGCAGGCUCUGUGUGCUUUAGUCCUAAAAUACAGCCUCUGUUUGCUGUGUGUUUUGCACACAUCUGCCAGCAUGUGCCUUCUCCAAGCUGUGCUGCUGUUUGUGGCACUGGAUUCCAUCUCCUGUGCUCAGUUCAUGGCCCCUCUGAACAUGGGCGGCGUCAUGGGGCAGGUGCGGUUUAACGCCACCUCCCAGACGGCCAUGGUCAAUGUGACAGGUGUUGGAUCCUGCAGUUCAGUCAACGUUUCCCUCACUGAAUUCCCAGUCAUGUUUGGCCAUUUUGCUGAGCCCUGUUCUGAAGCCAAUAUUGGCUCCAGCAUCUUCAACUUCACAGCUGACCCUUCAUCGAAUGCUGAUAUCAACGUUCAACAAGUCUUCCAGCAAAGAUCAAGUCUCAAUGACCUUUCUCUGGUAUUGCAGACAUGCAAUGGCAGUAAAGUAUGCACAGUUGUCGGUCAAGAUCAGACAGCCUUGACGAAACAAGCCAGAUUCACAGAGGACAUUGCAGGAAAUGUGUAUAUCCGCUCUAACAGUGACAAUACCAGUCCGAGACUUCUCACAGAUCUGAUGACGAUCGGUCAGGUCAAUGCCUCAAAAACCAACAUCACUCUCUUUGGUUCUGAAAGUAGUGCUGCAAACUGUACCUCGCUGCUUGAAGGCCUCGAUGCCUCAGCCUUGACCAGACUAGGAGAUGUAGACGUUGGCACCCCGUUGCAGCUUCAGAAAUCCCGUCUCAAUGUUAGCAACGAUAUUUCCUCACUUCGAUUUCUUCUGUACAGCAUGGGGUCAAAUUUCAAGUGUGCUAGGAUUUAUAACGUAGCAGAGAAAAAGGUCAGUGCAGUUAUGAACAUGAAUGGGAUCCAGGGACACAUCAGCUUUGUGCAGGCUUCCCCGUUCGAUUUGACAGAGCUGAGAGUAAACUUGACAAAUCUCCGGAGUCGAGUUGCCGGUUACCAUGUUCAUCACUUUCCUGUCCCUCCACUUGGGGCGAGUGAGUCAAGCCGGUGUGCAAACGAUAAUUUGGGCGGCCACUGGAAUCCAUUUGGAGCCAACGUCAGUAGCCCAACGUACCCAACUGGCCCUGGAUCCACACAUGACAUGUAUGAGAUCGGUGACCUCAGUUCCAAGCAUGGAAGCCUCGCAGGUCAGAAUGCAGUGGAGAUGAACUUCACAGAUCACAGUCUCCCCCUGUUUGGAAACAACAGCAUUGUAGGGCGCUCUGUUGUAAUUCACCUGCCAGAUGGUCCUAGGUAUGCUUGCGCCAGCAUCGGUUACCCUGGCGAAGUGGUCGUGGGUAAAGCCAGAUUUCAGAGCCCUGUGGUUGGAGAGAUCUGGUUCACUCAGCUGGUGGACAACCCUCUGUCUGACGUGUCCAUCUUCGUGGAUCUGUCAUAUGGCAAUGCCUCAAUGACUCCUACUGAAAACCACAACUGGCAUGUUCACACUUACCCCAUUAGCUCAGAGCGGGACGACGAUCCAAUGCGUUGUGGCACAGUCGGAGGCCACUGGAACCCCUUCAGCAUUAACACGAGUGACAGUAGCUAUGCCCUCCAUUGUGCCCCAUCUCGUCCCAUAUCCUGUGAGGUGGGAGACCUUUCCAGCAAACAUAGCACUCUUAAUCUUGGCACCAACAUCGGAGGGGUAGCAGCAAAAUAUUUCUUUACCGAUGUCACUUCCUGGUUGCCUAUGUCAGGUGUGAUUGGUCGCUCUGUAGUCAUUCAUGAAGCAAACAGAGGAGGACCUAGGAUCGCAUGUGCCAAUGUUACAAUGAUGAGGGUGCCCAGAGCACAGAUGGGUCCUUGGCGUGGCCCUGAAAUGUCAGGCGGCCAGAUAUACUUUUCCCAAGCUGUUCCCCAAGGCCCAACCACGUUAAACGUGUCCCUGAGAAACCUGAGCUCCUUGGCCGGAGGUUACCACGUCCAUAUACUGCCUCUCCGAUCGGGCGGUGACGAUCCCUGCUCAGAUGCAAAUAUUAUGGGCCAUUACAAUCCCCUUGGCUUCAACAUCGCAAACUCCCCACCACCUGGAACUGGUACUGUGGACCAAUACGAGCUCGGCGACCUGAGUGGGAAGUUUGGAUUUCUGACUGGUCAAAACAACACCGACGUCGUCUACAUGGAUCCUGACUUGCCGUUAUCUGGACGUUUCAGCGUCAUGGGGAGAUCAGUGGUGGUUCACUACACCAAUGGAUCAAGAAUGAGGUGUGCGAACAUCUCAGCGGUUCAGAAUACAGAUGGACAGAUGGUUAUGGCCAAGGCCUCCUUCUCUCGUGCGGUGGCUGGAACAGUCAGACUGAUUCAGCAAGUGUAUCCUGAUGGAAGUAGCAGUGACACUACAGUGGAGGUGGAUCUUGCAUCUUCAAAUCGAGUUACAAAUAUGGUCCAGAUGUACAUUAUGAAGAACCGGAUUAACGCCGGCGACAACCCGUGCACUGGUCUGGGAGGACCAUACAAUCCCUUUAACAUGACCUCAAUGGCUUCCAGCUGCUCAUUAGAGAACCCUCUGAGCUGCGUCGUCGGGGAAUUCUCUGCAAGACAUGGAAACAUCAGCCUGACCAUGAGACAGCUCCUCACUGACAGCAUCAUCCAACUCACUGGAGACUUCACAGUGGUCCACAGGUCGCUGGUGUUGAUGGAGGGAGAAAGCGUCGUUGCAUGUGCCGACAUCGUCCCCGAAUCUCCGUCAGGAGAGCUGGUCUUCCCCAACCUGGCUCCUUUCAGCCGGUCCCUGUUCCGCACAACGCUUGGAAGUUUCCUGGGACUAGAACCUUCCAGAGUCACCAUCCUGCCCUUGUCGCCCAUUUCUGUCGCUGAGGGAAGGUGUCGGCAAGUCAACUUCAUGAUAUCUGGAAACGUGAGCGCUGACCUGCUGAGGUCUGCCCAAAGCAGCAACCAGAUGGGAAACUUCUCUUCUUCUUGCAUAUGUAGUUAUUCCAUCUCCUGUGCUCAGUUCAUGGCCCCUCUGAACAUGGGCGGCGUCAUGGGGCAGGUGCAGUUUAAUGCCACCUCCCGGACCGCCAUGGUCAAUGUGACAGGUGUUGGAUCCUGCAGUUCAGUCAAUAUUUCCCUCACCGAAUUCCCAGUCAUGUUUGGCCAUUUUGCUGAGCCCUGUUCUGAAGCCAAUAUUGGCUCCAGCAUCUUCAACUUCACAGCUGACCCUUCCUCGAAUGCUGAUAUCAACGUUCAACAAGUCUUCCAGCAAAGAUCAAGUCUCAAUGACCUUUCUCUGGUAUUGCAGACAUGCAAUGGCAGUAAAGUAUGCACAGUUGUCGGUCAAGAUCAGACACCCUUGACGAAACAAGCCAGAUUCACAGAGGACAUUGCAGGAAAUGUGUAUAUCCGCUCUAACAGUGACAAUACCAGUCCAAGACUUCUCACAGAUCUGAUGACGAUCGGUCAGGUCAAUGCCUCAAAAACCAACAUCACUCUCUUUGGUUCUGAAAGUAGUGCUGCAAACUGUACCGCACUGCUUGAAGGCCUAAAUGCUUCAGCCUUGACCAGACUAGGAGAUGUAGACGUUGGCACCCCGUUGCAGCUUCAGAAAUCCCGUCUCGAUAUUAGCAACAAUAUUUCCUCACUUCGAUUUCUUCUGUACAGCAUGGGGUCAAAUUUCAAGUGUGCUAGGAUUUAUAACGUAGCAGAGAAAAAGGUCAGUGCAGUUAUGAACAUGAAUGGGAUCCAGGGACACAUCAGCUUUGUGCAGGCUUCCCCGUUCGAUUUGACAGAGCUGAGAGUAAACUUGACAAAUCUCCGGAGUCGAGUUGCCGGUUACCAUGUUCAUCACUUUCCUGUCCCUCCACUUGGGGCGAGUGAGUCAAGCCGGUGUGCAAACGAUAAUUUGGGCGGCCACUGGAAUCCAUUUGGAGCCAACGUCAGUAGCCCAACGUACCCAACUGGCCCUGGAUCCACACAUGACAUGUAUGAGAUCGGUGACCUCAGUUCCAAGCAUGGAAGCCUCGCAGGUCAGAAUGCAGUGGAGAUGAACUUCACAGAUCACAGUCUCCCCCUGUUUGGAAACAACAGCAUUGUAGGGCGCUCUGUUGUAAUUCACCUGCCAGAUGGUCCUAGGUAUGCUUGCGCCAGCAUCGGUUACCCAGGCGAAGUGGUCGUGGGUAAAGCCAGAUUUCAGAGCCCUGUGGUUGGAGAGAUCUGGUUCACUCAGCUGGUGGACAACCCUCUGUCUGACGUGUCCAUCUUCGUGGAUCUGUCAUACGGCAAUGCCUCAAUGACUCCUACUGAAAACCACAACUGGCAUGUUCACACUUACCCCAUUAGCUCAGAGCGGGACGACGAUCCAAUGCGUUGUGGCACAGUCGGAGGCCACUGGAACCCCUUCAGCAUUAACACGAGUGACAGUAGCUAUGCCCUCCAUUGUGCCCCAUCUCGUCCCAUAUCCUGUGAGGUGGGAGACCUUUCCAGCAAACAUAGCACUCUUGAUCUUGGCACCGACAUCGGAGGGGUAGCAGCAAAAUAUUUCUUUACCGAUGUCACUUCCUGGUUGCCUAUGUCAGGUGUGAUUGGUCGCUCUGUAGUCAUUCAUGAAGCAAACAGAGGAGGACCUAGGAUCGCAUGUGCCAAUGUUACAAUGAUGAGGGUGCCCAGAGCGCAGAUGGGUCCUUGGCGUGGCCCUGAAAUGUCAGGCGGCCAGAUAUACUUUUCCCAAGCUGUUCCCCAAGGCCCAACCACGUUAAACGUGUCCCUGAGAAACCUGAGCUCCUUGGCCGGAGGUUACCACGUCCAUAUACUGCCUCUCAGAUCGGGCGGUGACGAUCCCUGCUCAGAUGCAAAUAUUAUGGGCCAUUACAAUCCCCUUGGCUUCAACAUCUCAAACUCCCCACCACCUGGAACUGGUACUGUGGACCAAUACGAGAUCGGCGACCUGAGUGGGAAGUUUGAAUCUCUGGCUGGUCAAAACAACACCGACGUCGUCUACAUGGAUCCUGACUUGCCGUUAUCUGGACGUUUCAGCGUCAUGGGGAGAUCAGUGGUGGUUCACUACACCAAUGGAUCAAGAAUGAGGUGUGCGAACAUCUCAGCGGUUCAGAAUACUGAUGGACAGAUGGUUAUGGCCAAGGCCUCCUUCUCCAGUGCGGUGACUGGAACAGUCAGACUGAUUCAGCAAGUGUAUCCUGAUGGAAGUAGCAGUGACACUACAGUGGAGGUGGAUCUUGCAGCUGUUUCAAAUCGAGUUACAAAUAUGGUCCAGAUGUACAUUAUGAAGAACCGGAUUAACGCCGGCGACAGCCCGUGCACUGGUCUGGGAGGACCAUACAAUCCCUUUAACAUGACCUCAAUGGCUUCCAGCUGCUCAUUAGAGAACCCUCUGAGCUGCGUCAUCGGGGAAUUCUCUGCAAGACAUGGAAACAUCAGCCUGACCAUGAGACAGCUCCUCACUGACAGCAUCAUCCAACUCACUGGAGACUUCACAGUGGUCCAUAGGUCGCUGGUGUUGAUGGAGGGAGAAAGCGUCGUUGCAUGUGCCGACAUCGUCCCCGAAUCUCCGUCAGGAGAGCUGGUCUUCCCCAACGUGGCUUCUUUCAGCCGGUCCCUGUUCCGCAGGACGCUUGCUAAUUUCCUGGAGCUAGGAUUUUACAGAGUCACCAUCCUGCCCUUGUCGCCCAUUUCUGUCGCUGAGGGAAGGUGUCAGCAAGUCAACUUCAUGAUAUCUGGAAACGUGAGCGCCGACUUGCUGAGCUCUGCCCAAAGCAGCAACCAGAUGGGAAACUUCUCUUCUUCUUCCAUAUGUAGAAACUCGGGGAUUGCAAACCGAGGCGUGCCCGGGGCUUCUCUUCUGCUCCUCCUGUUUGCUGCCGCCUACCUGCUGCCAUUGACUAUUUUUUCAUAACUGGGUGAAAUCAUCCUCAUCAGCAGUGACACACCAAACCUGGUAUUGUGAUUUUAUAAAUAUGAUGAAUGUAGUCCACCAGACAGUACGAUGGUCACCAGGCAAUGCUCUCACUGUUUCUCAGACGACACGAGUCCGUCUAGACUUUUCUAAACAAGUAUGAAGAUUCUCUUUUCUUCUGUUCAGGCAAGUAGGCAUUUUUCAACAUGUUAUUUUUUUUCCUGCCUUAGAAGUGUCAUUCGAUGGUGGUGGAUGACAUGCCUUCAUGUCAGCUGGUGAACUGUAAACAGGUGCCCUACCUGUCAUUUCCUUGUUCAUGAUGGAUUUUUUUUUUUUUUUCUUAGUAGCGUUGCUACUUUUGUUAAGAAUGUGUUUGGGUUCUGGUUGGGGGUAAUGCUGUAUGUUCUCCGAUCUUCAGACUUUUAUCUGAAUUGAAUGCACUAUUUAUGAUUCCAUGUGGAACUUUGUGUACAUAUCAGGAAAUUGUGAAUAAAAUGUUUCUAUGCUUUGUUCUAAUAACCAG